UUGGGAAGACGACGUAACUUUCUUUCUUCGGCUGCUGAAAUAUCAGAAGGGGAAAUGACCUUUUCUGCUGCCUGUCUCACUGCCCUGCUGCUGACCUUGCCUGGUUUGGAGGCAGCUCUUGUUCUCACCCAGGAAAAAUCCUUUUCUGUGAAUGUGGGAGGCAAUGUGAGAAUCCCCUGCACUGAAAGUGGCUCCAGCAGCACCUAUACAUUGUCCUGGUACCAACAAAAACCCGGUGGUGUCCCAACGUUUUUACUUGUGACGGGCAGCACCAGAGCAAAUGGACUACCGAGCAGGUUCACUUCCUCCGGUACAUCAUCAGACAAAACUGAGUAUCUUCUCAUCAAUGGAGUCCAAGCUGAAGAUGAAGCGACAUACUACUGUUCAUGUGGUGGCUGUGGCGCAAACAGCGGCUUUGGUGGGGGGACUGAAGUCAUUAUCGCUCAACCUCCAUCUCCCCCCAGUCUGGUCCUAAUGGGUCCGACCCAGUCUUCUCUCCCGGGGGCCAGUGUUUCCCUGGUGUGUCUGGCCAGCGGCUAUCGGCCAAGUGAUGCCACACUGACCUGGUAUGAGGAUGGAGGUUCUGUGACGGGCAGUGAGGUCCAGACGAGUCCGUCCCAGCGCCAGCCUGAUGGCACCUACACCAUCAGCAGCUUCCUGACCUUGGCCUCCACACGCUGGAACUCGGGGCACAGCUUCACCUGUCAAGUGAGCCACUCGGCUCUCAGCAGCCCACUGAUGAAGAGCAUCAGCAACCAGUGUUCCCCCUGAGAGAACAAGACCACAUGAGGAAGAUCAGUCCAUAAACAUGGAAGAGAUGAUACAUGAGAAAAACAAAGAGAAAAAAAACAAGUAGAAUAGUAUGUUAUACCUGUCUAACAUUUUUAAGGGAAUGGGUCCUCUGGUCAUGAGAAUGUCUUGUUUAUGGCCUGUCUGUGUUAAAUAAAAUAUUAUGAUCAUGAUCUCCCUCCAUCAUGUUUCU